AUGGCCGCGGCUUCGCCGGAGAAGCUCCACUGCGGCGAGGUGGGGUCCGGUGACGAAGAAAAGGAGGAGGCGGAGAGGGCUGAUGCCGAGGUGAUAGCGCAGCAGCUGUCGGAUCAAUCGCUGCGGGAGAAGGCGCAGCGCCUCCAGGGCCUGCUCACCGAAGGCACGUCAGAACGCCUCCCUGACCGCGGCAGGAAGCUGCGCGCCACACUCGAUGCUAUCCACCGGGAGCAAGACCGCCGCCAGGCCCGAGGUGACGGGGCACGAGCGCCGGGUAAUGAAGCAUGUGAAAGGAGAGUCCAAUCGAGGUGUAUUGAAUCAUCUGGUUUGCGUAGUGACCUCAGUAGAGUUAAAGUAUCAGUGGCUGAUUUCAUGUCUUCAUUUGGAGCGGAUAAAGAGGCAGGCAUCAACAUAUCUAGUUUGGAAAUAAAAAGUAGGAGCCCAAACAAGCCUAGCACUUUGAUAGGAAACAAGGGGAAGUUGUGUGAAGAGAAAGACUCUUGUGAAGCCUCUUCACAACCGAUGAAUUCAGUUCAUGAAGAGUUGCACCUGGACACCUCAGAGAACAUGGGAAAGACAUCUUCUGGUGAUGCCUCUAACAGCAAUGCCCACAAUAUAAUUUGGGAAGAGGUUCCCACACCCUCUCGUAAAAGGAAAGGAGCUUAUCCAGUUAACUUUUCAAUGCGACUGAGAUCAAGAAAGGAAGAGGUUGUUCUUUUGGAUGGAGAUACACCCCAUCUAGAAUCUGCUCAGGAAACAUCCAAUAAUAACUGGGAUGCAGAGAAGCUAUACUAUCCUUCAAGGGAACACCUUAGUUCUGUUGAGAUUUCUUCUGAUGACAUCAGAUGUCUCCAGCCUGAAUCAUUGCUGUCCUCACCUAUAAUGAACUUUUACAUCAUGUAA